AUGGAAACCCUUCGCACCGCCUUCGCAGACCGACCCCGCCCGCUCCUCUCCUACGGCGUGCCCUUCGAAACCGCCGCUGCAAAACACAUAAACGACCUUUUCCACGCCUCACGAGUCUACAUAAUCUGCUCGGGUUCUCUAUCCCGAAACACAGACGUACUCGACCGACUAAGCACCUCCAUCGGAAAAGACAAGAUAGUAGGGACUCGCAUCGGAAUGCGGAGCCAUACAUAUUGGUCCGAGAUCCUCGAGAUCGUGGACGAAGCACGAAACAGCGGAGCCGAUUUGAUAUUAACGAUUGGAGCGGGGAGCCUGACGGAUGGAGCGAAAGUUGUUGCUUUGGCCCUAUCGAACAACGUCCAAACAGCAACUGACCUCUCCAAACUCCCCGUUACACCAUCCCAACAAGCCACAAUCCACGCCCCAAACAUCCCCAUAAUCAGUAUACCGACUACCCUCUCAGCAGGCGAAUACUCCAACUUCGCCGGUGCAACCGACGAUGCCACGCAACGCAAACAUACCUUCCAGAGUCCGACCAAGGGUCCCGAGCUCGUGAUUCUAGACCCGGCUCUCACGACCACGACCCCCGAUUCCAUCUGGCUCAGCACGGGGAUCAGAGCGGUGGACCAUUGCAUCGAGACGUUCGUGGCUGUAGAGCAUACGAGCGAGAAGACGGACCGGCUUGCAUUGCAUGCGUUGGGGCUUUUGGUGCCCGGGUUGCUGGGAUGUAGGUUUGAUAAGGGGGAUGUGGAUGCGAGGUUGCAGUGUCAGUUGGGCUCGGUGGAUGCUAUGGCUGCUUGUACGGCGGGGGUACAGUUGGGGGCUAGCCACGGGAUUGGACAUCAAUUGGGGCCGUUGGGAGUUGGGCAUGGGGAGACAAGUUGUGUGCUUUUGCCCGCGGUUUGUAAGUUUAAUGCGCGGCACGGAGCGAAUGGAGAGCGGCAGGAGAGGGCGAAGGGGUUUCUUUUGGGGCAGGGGGUUGUUGGGGAGGUUUUGGAGAGGAGAGGCUUGGAUGCGACGAAGGUGGAUCUAGGGGAUGUUUUGGACGCGGUGAUUCGGGAAUUGGGGAUGCCUCGGUCGUUGAAGGAUGUUGGGGUUGGUCGAGACCAGCUGGAUCGGUUGGCUGAGAAUAGUUUGCAGGAUCGAUGGUGUAAGACGAACCCAGUGCCGUUGACGGAGAAGAGUCAGAUAUUAGAGAUUCUGGAGAUGGUGGUUGAGUAG